AGCUGGGCCCGGUUUCGACCUUCAAGAGCUUCGGGGCGCGAUGGCGGACAUGGCAGACUUGACGCUCCAUGCGGUCAUGGCGUUCACUGGGAAGGAGCUGCCCCCGAUGCAGGUCUGCCGCCACGACUCCUUACAUCAGCUCCGCCAGAAGGUAGCGGAGGCCUGCGGUGUGCCGGCUGCACUGGUACAGCUGGUGACAGAGUCCGGGCCUAUCCAGGAGCAGGGUACUAUCGGCGAAGCUCUGAAAGAUGGCGAAGUGCAAGUGGCCCUCACGCCUCAGGGCCGUGAGGUGAUCACAGCCAGUCAGGAUGGAAGCGCGCGGGUCUGGCAUGCCGAUAGCGGUGAGUGUGUGUUCCACCUUACACCUCCCAGCAGCAGCGGUGCCGUGCACUGCGCGCUGCUCUCGCGGUGUGGCAGAGAGGCGAUCACUGGCAGUGCUGAUGGCACCAUCCGCCGGUGGUUCCUGGAGGGGGGAGACUGCGUGCUGCUGGAGGGCCACUCCCGGGCGGUGGCGCAGCUGAAGCUGGCGCCGGAGGGGCGGCUGCUCUCCGCCUCGGACGACUCCACGGUGAAGCUUUGGCGGCUACAGGACGGUUGCUGCCUCCUCACCCUGGAGCAUCCGGAUACCUUUGAGCGAGGUGUACGCUCGGUGGCUUUCUCCUUAGAUGCCAGGUGCAUCGUUGCUGCUGGGGCCAAUGGCUUGGUGGUGCAGUACUCAGAGAGUGGUGAGAUCCAGGCCAAGCAUCAGGGCCACACGGCCGCCGUGAACUCUGUGGUCUUUUCCCCAGAGGGCAAGCGCUUGCUGUCGGCCUCCGAUGAUCGUACUGCUCGAAUCUGGCACAUUGCAAGCAGCAGCUGCAUGGUGCUGGGCGAUCCAAGCGACGGCAGUGGGCCGGCCUUUGCGGCGAGCUUCUCGCCGGACGGGCGCUUGGCCGUGGUGGCGCAUUUCGCGCGGUGUGCCCGCCUCUAUGACAUGACGGGCUCCUGCAUCCACGUGCUACAGCAUUCAGAUGCAGUCCUCAGCGUGGACUUCUCGCCAGACGCCUCACUGGUGCUCACUGCCUCAGAUGACGCCACUUGCGGGCUUUGGCGCGUCGCGGACGGCGGGCUGCUCUUCCGACUCCACGGCCACAAGCAGGGCGUGAACAUUGGAGCCUUCUCGCCAGACGGCGCGCAGGUACUGUCGGCGUCGGACGAUCGGGAGGCGCGGCUGUGGAGUGUCGCCACCGGCGCCUGCCUGCGGGUGCUGCAGGGGCACCACAAGCGGCUCAAUGGAGCGGACUUCUGCCGCUGA